AGUGUAAGAAUUUUUAAAAUUAUUCAAUAUUUAUGUCCAAAUGAUAAUUGUUCCACACAAAAUAACCCCUACACGUUUUCGCCACUGUUAACUCUAAGGGCAAUUCUGUUCAUCUUUUAAAAGCAUUUUUAGGUUUUUAAUACUAAGUCUUCUGUUUUUGCUUGAAAUAAUUUUUAAACAUUCCCAUUUUACUUAGUAAAAGAAUUACUUAACACGCAUAGAAAGUUUGACAACAGAGGCAAAUAGUCACUCACAAAUAUUCAUUUAAAAUCACAUUUUUAAAAAAUCACUUAUUUUAGUCUAACAUCGGUUUCAUUAUAUAUUUUACGUAAUUCCUUAAUGAUGGCUGGAGUUAGUGGCAAAGGUAGAACCAAGCCCUGCUGUGCUUGGUGUAAUAAAAAGAAAGUACUUAAGUAUUGCCUGAAUGUUGAUUUUCAAAAAAAGGAUUUCUGUUCUGAACUGUGUCUACAUGAUUUUAAGCUUGCAUUUUUAAAUUUAACCUGUUCCUUCUGUGAAAAUGAAAUCACAAAGAAUGUUGAAACUGCCCAAAAUUAUGUUUUGGUUACAGAACCUACCAUAAAAGAUUUUUGUAAUCAAGAUUGUCUUCAAAAACACACUGCUAAAGAAUUGAACUCUCAGCUUAAAAAACAUAAGACUAAACAAUGUAGCACCAUUCAGCACAAUUUUAAAAUUACAGGUGUCUUUGAUUGGGAGGAAUAUUUGAGGGAAUGUAAUGCAGUUGCUGCACCUGCCAGCUGCUUCAAGCAAUAUCCUGUUCCUCCAAAAAAUGAUUUUGAAUUAAACAUGAAACUUGAAGCUUAUGAUCCGCGAAAUGUAUCAUCAACGUGCAUUGCUACCGUUGUGGCAAUACAAGGUCCCUUGCUUAAACUACGUUUGGAUGGUACUGACAACCAAAGUGACUUUUGGAAAUUGGUUGAUAGCUCAGAUAUACACCCAAUAGGCCAUUGUGAAAAGAAUGGAGGGAUGCUUCAACCUCCUCUUGGCUUUCGUAUGACUCCUUCAUCUUGGCCUAUGUUUCUUCGCAAGAUUUUAAAUGGAGCAUACAUUGCUCCAAGUGACAUAUUCAUAGAAGAACCAAAAUCUCCAAAAAGUAACAAAUUUAAAGUCGGGCAGAAGUUAGAAGCAAUAGAUCGUAAAAAUCCUCCCUUAAUUUAUCCCGCAACUGUUAGUUCCAUUGAAGAUGACAUGAUUCUUAUAAAAUUUGAUGGUUGGCCAGGAGUGUUUGAUUACUUUUGCAGAUUUGACUCUCGAUAUAUUUUUCCUGUUGGCUGGUGUAUAGCUAACGGGCUUAUAUUGCAAUAUCCAGGAACAGCUGGAGAAAAAGUCAAAAUCACUCCACCAGUAACAAACUCUACACCAUUACCACGUCCAACAGUCAAAGCACCUUCUGUUUCCACAAAGAGUCCAAGCAGUUGUACGAGAUCUAAAAUAAACGUGACAGAAAGUGAUAAAAGUCAUGAUAAAAACAGUAAAGAGGAGACAACUAAAUAUUUGCAUAGUUGUGAAAAUGAAGUAUUUCCUUCUAAAUGGAGAAGGGAAAAAGUACCCAGAAAAAUCGGAAAACACGUUGAUGUAUACUACUAUCCUCCAUCCGGGUCUCCGAAACUCAGAUCCAAAAAAGAAGUUGAAAAGUAUUGUGUGGAACAGAAAAUAGUCUGUCCACCUUAUUUGUUUCAGGCUAAGAAAAGGAAAAAGAAAAAAAUCAAAAUUAAAACAGAGGGGUCUUGUUAUAGCAGUACGCCGAACACUCAAGAAGAUGCUGCGAAAGUUCCUGGGAUAAAAAAUUUGAUCAGUUGUAAAAAAAUUAAGAAACAGAAACUUAAGAAGAAAAAUCGAAAUAAGUCGCUUUUGAAAACACACGAGGAACUUCGAACAAGUUCGAGAGUUCGGAUAGCUGAAAAUUUGGAAAAUUUUAAGCAAAUUGAAAGCAAACUUAUAAAGAACGAAGAUAAAACAAUUAUUGAAACACCCGAGAACGAUCAAGUUUGUAAACAGCCCCAAACCUCUCAAAAUUUGGUAAGUAAUGAUAAUAUUAAAGGAAAGAAGUUAAUGAAGCAGAAUGCUGAUGAAUCAGUUUUGAUAUCAUCAGAAAAAGUUCAAAUUUCUGCAAAGGUACCAAAGUCAGUGAAUCUUGAAAAAAUUGAUGCAAAUGAACUUAAAAAGAAGAGAAAUAAAUCAGAUUCGGAACCACCCGAGGAACUUCAAGUCAGUGCAAAAGUCCCCAGGAUAGAGGAAAAUAAAAGAAAGGAAUCAAUGGAAAAGAAUCUGGAAAAAUCAAUUCUAAAAUCUCCCGAGAAAUUUCAAAUUCGCGUCAAAGUUCAAAGAAAAGAAAAUUUGGUAGCUGUGCCUGAAAACAAACGAAGCAAGCCCAUGGAAAAAAAUAAAAAUAACUCAGAUUUAAAUCCAUCUGAGAAUCUUCAAAUCUGUGCUUAUAUUAAUCGUGACUGUAAUUGUGGACCCUAUUUGAACCCACAACAAGUUACUAAUUUGCCUGUAAAGUAUGGUCCAGCCCCUCUAAAUCAUGUACUUCAGAAAACUGUGCAGACAUUUAUUGAUUGCUCUGAAAAUGAAAAAAACGUUUUCUCGUUGCUUAAACCAGGCAAUGGAGAAGUAACUAUCACGGCAAAUUUUGAUGGCAAAAAGCACAUCUGCCGGUUGCGUUCUUUUAAUAAUGCCACUACUUUUUGGCUUUAUCUUGAAAAUCUUUUGGAUGAACUAAUGUGUUGUGAAAAUUUUUAUACUAGUCAACCACUUCAAGGUGGGUGCAUUAAAUGUGCAAAUAAGGGACCAAUGAGAGGAAUAUCAAAAGAAAAUAUAUUUGCUGAUUCUGAAAUGCUCAAAUUACAAAAGCAUUGGCCUUCAGUGUCUACGAAAAACAAUUCUGGCAAUGCGCAUUCUCUCGUGAACAUAUUUACACAAAAAUGUUCAUCCAGCCAGUCUUUUAGAAACAAUGCAUAUUCUAAAACUGUCAUAAAAAUUGAACAGGACAUUUCCAGACCAAAUGAAUGGACUAUUGAUGAUGUCAUUCAAUAUAUGUGCAAUACAGAUCCAAAUAUGAGUGCAUAUGCUGAUCUAUUUCGAAAACAUGAAAUUGAUGGGAAAGCUUUGCUGCUUUUAAACAGUGACAUGAUUAUUAAGUACAUGGGAUUGAAAUUGGGACCUGCUUUGAAAAUCUGUAGUUUAAUCGAAAAAUUGAAAAACAAGGACAAUUAUUAACUUAUGCAUUGUAUACGAGCAUUUGUCAUUGUUUCAUUAGCAGUGUAUCUUAGCAUUUGUUAUUGUUUCAUUAACAUUGUAUGUUAGCAUUUGUCAUUGUCUUAUUAGCAUUGUAUGUUAGCAUUUGUCAUUGUUUCAUUAGCAUUUGUCAUUGUUCAUACCAUUAUGUGCUAGCAUUUGUCAUUGAUUUUCAGUAUUAAAUUUCAUUCUGAAUUUUUUUAACUUUUCUAAACUAGGAUGCUUUAUUAAACAUCUAUUUUCCAUCCCUUCUAUGAUACUUUUUUGUCAAAAAUACUCUUUUCAUUGAAAAAUGAACUUAUUUAUGUAAAAAUAUUUUUUAAUGAAUCUAGCUAUAAAAUCCCUAUAAUGCUGUUGAGAUCAUUUUCAAAGGCUUUUGUAUUUGCAGCCAAAUUACAUAAUCAAAAGAACUUCUUUUAUUCCUUUUUUAUCGUUUUGGAUGUAAAAGUAUAAUCUAUGAGAUUAAAUUAUUAUUUUUUUAUUAUUGCUAUUUAAACAAAAAAAUAAAAAGGUAAAUACUGUACUUUUCAAUUAGCCAGGCAAGGAAAUUCAACUUCUUUUUGAAAUUUUUUUUUAUUUCAUUUCAUUUUUAUGUGUUUAAAUAAAGAAAUAAAAUAAAAACUAAAAAAAGUUGGCAGAGGUCUGCGUUUUUUGGAGACUUUUCAUUUCCGCCCUGCUAACCGAAAAGUGCAGUUAAUAAUUAGUUUGGGAAAAAUAUUUUUAUCAUUUUAAUUUUUUAAGGUUAAAAAAAAAAAACUAUUAAGUAAAUGUCUGGCUGUAUGAUGAUAGAAAAUAUAUGAUGAUAGAAAAAUGCAUUAAGGAUACAUUUAUCAAAGUGAAAGUUUAUUUUGGCUCAGAAUUUAAAAUUCUUGUUUAUGCAAUUUAUUUCAUUGUAAUGGCAUUUUUUUAUUCUUUUGUGAAAGUGAUGCUAUAUUAGUUUUCUUAACUAGGAAGUAUAAUGUGCAAUUAAAAUGUAACUAUAAUUAUAAUGAUUUUUGGGAAAGCUGUAACGUAACCAUUGGAGGUACUUAAUCUUAAAACUCUAUUGGCUCUAACAAAAUAUUUCUCAACAUUUGUAUUUGAAAUACUUGGUACCCACUAUAAAAGAAUGAAAUAUUAAUAUGCUUAAUGUCUUACAAUUUUUAUUGUUAAAAUCAGGUAUAAGAUUCCUUCUCAAAUCUGCAGUUUUCCACUUUUUUUAUUAUAUCUCUUUUUAUCUAAUCCUUUCUCUAUUUUUUGCUGUUUUCCUAAGAAAUUUUUAAGAAAAACAUUUUAUGUCAAAUACUUUUUUUUAAAUCUUAAAAAAAAAAAAAAAAAACUAAUCAAAGUAAAUUUAAUUCCAUAAGGUUGAUAAAUAUUCAGUUUAAGUGUAUUACGAUUUUUGUCACAUGGGUUACUUUAAGGGUUAUUCGAAAAUAAAUUUUUGUGAAGUUAUAUAAUGCGUCAAAUGAGUUGACGAUUUAUAGCUCAUUUUGCUAUCUAAGUCUCGUAUUUAUAUUAGUGUAAUUUUUAUAUAGUAAUUUAGUUUUAUUUAAUUGAAACUAUAUUGUUAACAUUUCUUUAUUCUAAGCUAUUUUCAACAUUAUUUAAUUGUUACAUUUCUGACUAGUUCAAUUAUUAGUAAUAAGUCAAUCAUGUGAUUUAAAGUUUUAAAAAAUUUGCUGUUUAAAUAGUUUUGUAUCUUUCAAAUGAAAAGAAAGCUUUUAAGCAAAAAUAUCAUUAGUUAAUAAAUUUCCCGUGCCAAAAUAUUCUUCUUGCGUCUUUUUCAAACAUAUUUCUUAUGUUUUAUUUUUUUUAUUUCUUUAUUCUUUCACGUCUUUUCCUUCUUUUUCACGAUCUUAUACUUGUAAAAUAAAUGUGGUAUUAUACCUCCCAUUAAAAAGAGAAAAACAUAAUCAUGAUUUUUGCAGACUUAAAGCUCUUGGCUUCUUAUCUACUAUUAUUUUAUGAGAAAUAAGUGGAUAACCAGGACAGUUCUAUACAAUUUUACAUUUUACUCAAAGUCAUUAUUCUUCAUUAAAUUGAAGAAGCAAAAAUUUUUUAAUAAUAAAAUAUGUACAUGUACAUAUUUAUUUUCUCUUAUAAAUAAUUUUUGAUAAAGUGUACACCAUUAAAGUUUGAUGCUGUACUUCAUUUUUUAUUCAAUCCCUGUAUCAACAUAUACUCUCUUACAUUUAUAUGUAUGUACUUUCAUAUUUUCUGAAUAUUGAUAUCUAAACAAAAAUGCUUCCUAUCUUUGCCAAUGGAGUGAAAAUAGUGCCCUUCGUGCAGGCAUUUAUUUUUGUUCUUUUACUAAGAGUAAAAGUGCUUAAUUUUUAAAAAGGCAAACUGUUUCACUUAAGUGGCAGGACAAAAAGGAAGUAAAAAAGUGGUAAUAGUUUAGUGAGUAAUGCUCAGUCAGAAUCUAUCCUAGUAACUGAAGCUAUAGUGUAAUGUAAAACGGCAGUGUAAUGUGUAAUGUUUACUUGCUCAUACCUCACCACCUUGGCUUAUAACAAUCCCUGAAUCUUUUUAAAUUUGUUUUUAAAAAAUUUUAACUCUGGUUUUUGAAAAUUUUAUUUUUUCAAUAACUGUCAGUCUGUACUUAUAGGUUAAUGCAAGAACAAGCAAUUUCAAAAUGCUGGAUUAAGACUAAGUUUUCUUACAUUUUAAAAAAAUAUUGCAAUAAAAAAUGUAUUUGUGUUAUUACUCUGAUUGAAUGGAAGCAAUUUUUCCCCUGUUUCUCUUAACUAUUUGUGGCCAUAUUUCAGUAAUACUUGAUAGCAUAAGGCAAAAUUAAUAAUUGAUCCCAGUCACUGGGCUAUUGAAGUAUUACAAAUGGUGAUUAAAAAAUAGUCUGUCAGUCACCACCCAGUUGCCAGUUUUUUUUCGUUGUAAGCGCAGCAAUUGUGCAUUUUAUUAUUAUUAUUAAGAAGCAUAAAAUUAUUUCGAAAAUUUUAUUAAUACAAAAAUAUUCUGAACAUCUCUUUGUAUCAUGCUUGUUUCUUGUAGUGUUUACCAUAUUUUGAGAAAGGUUUCAAAGACAUUCUUUAUAUAAUUAAUAACUGCAAUUUUUUUUUUAUCCUUUAAUAUUCUCAGUUUUUCGAAGAAGUGGUCACUGGUAGAAAUUCAACAGCUGGCCUGUAGCAAAAUUUACUAAUUUUGCCCUGUACUUGAUAGGAAUUCUGAGAAUUACUGUGUGACCACUAAAACUACAGAUUUUGGUUGCAGAUGAUCAUACAGGGUGGCCACAACUGAGAAAAUUUUAAAAAUAGAGGGAAAUUUUCAUGAAACUGUUGGAAAUUUUUAACGUUUAAGUUAAGAAAUAACUUUCCUUUUAAGUUAAAAAAUAUAUCUUGGUAAAUACGAAUCUGAAGAAAAGAAGAAAAAAAAUUGUUUCUUCAAUCUUUCUCUGCUAUAUUUUAAACUUUUAUCAAUUGUGUCUACCUCUUUAUAAAAGUUAGGACCAUUAUAUAUUUUUUCCCUAUAGGAUUGAUAUAUGUUGUUCUUGCAUUAAACUCAAUGCA